UUUUCGAGCGAAACAAAUGAUAAACAAAUAAUAUCAACAAAAUUGAAAAUUCGGAUGUUACAUUUCAAAUAGUUUAAACGAAAAAGAAGUAGUUUUGCUUUCCUUCCGCGUAUAUUACGUGUAUUAAAAAAUUAGUUGUUAUAAUCAAUCCGGUAACCAGCUGCUUGGAUAGGAAUGUUACUGAAAUUUCACGCAUUUAUAUGUAAAAUUAUUACAACCACUAUCGCAUCUUCGAUAUCAAUUGCCCCUCUUAGGAAAAAGCAAAUAUGCCGAAUAAAAGAAAGGUAAAUAUGAAAAGUGCCAUUACACUCGGCUAAUCAGUUGAUACAAAGCCCCAGCAAAGUAGCUAAGUAGACAGACUGUCGAUAUAGAUAUAUAGUAUAGUAGAUUGGUGGUGGCGCACCUCUUUCUCACUUCGUUCUAUGCAGCUGUUGUAUGCGUGGCGGCAGUGUGGCCACUGCCGACCAGUACCGACGGAAGGAAGAGAGACGAAUACAAAGCAUUAAUGCUCUCACAACAUUGCCUAAUAGUCAGUCUGAGUUAUAGUGAGCGCGUUGACGUGUACUAGGUAGCAUCGUCGUAGUCGCGGUACAAAUCUAACCUUCAAAAAAGUGUCAGUCUUGGUCGUCGACGGUGCGCGCAACACAUUGGUCGCCUCGUUCGGAACAAUUGAAAUUCUGACUGGAGAGUGCACGGAUUUAUAACAGGUGUGGCGGCGGUGCGACAGAGCAGAGACGGAGAGCACGAGAGAAUAACGAUAACACAAAAUGGCCGAAAGUACAAAGUCGGAAACCGGCGGCACGGAGAGCGGUGAUAGCUUCCUCGGGAACUUCGUUAGCGAGGUCAUAAGUAGCCCUGUAAACCUCGCGCUCGUCGCUAUCAUUGCACUCCUUGUCUACAAAAUUUUCAAGAGCCGAACGAAGGUACACGAGCCACCAUUCCAAAUCAAAGAGCUGCCAAAAAUCCGCCGGGACUUCACAGUCGAAGAACUCAAGGAGUACGAUGGCACUCAAACUGAUGGCCGAAUCCUCGUCGCCGUCAAUGGCAAUGUGUACGACGUCACCAAAGGAGCUAGAUUCUAUGGACCUGGUGGACCUUAUGCUGCUUUUGGUGGACGAGAUGCUAGCCGAGGCUUAGCUACAUUUUCUGUUGUUCCUGGCAAGGAUGAAUAUGAUGAUCUCAGUGAUUUAGACACAGCAGAAAUGAACUCUGUUAAAGAAUGGGAGGAACAAUUCAAAGAGAGAUACGAUUACGUUGGCAAACUGCUGAAACCCGGCGAGGCUCAUACAAAUUAUUCGGACGAAGAAGAAGAGGGCAGCACACAGGAUAAUGAUUCAAAAGCCAAAACCGAAUGACCGCGUAAAAUCGCGAGCAGAAUAACAUUUUUAAUGAACACGGCGCGCACAUUGUUGUUAUACGAAAUUAUCGAAGUAUCGAUUAUGAGCAAAUUAGUGAUUGUUCAACUGAAUGUUACGCUGCUGCACGUUAUUCAAAUGUAAAGCAAAUGAAAGAAAAAAUGACAAAAGCAAGAAAACAAAAAAAUAACGUCUGUUGAGUGAGUUGAGAAGUACAUAAGUAUGCUGAGUGCUAAUAUUACGAUUCUUCAUUCAAGUGUUGCGAUUUCGUGCGGAUAUUUUCUUUUUAUAUGCUCAUAUAUAUAUAUAUAUAUAUAUAUAUAAACGCUGGCUAGGAAAAUGUUUUUGAAAUCUACAGACAGAAGUCAUUCAUUACCUGUUUAUAGCAUGAACAAUUAAUAAGCUUAAGCAAAUUAAUGACGUUGCAGGUAAUAUACGAAUGAGUAAUGACUAGAUUUCAGAAAAAUUUUCAUUUAUGGGGCUAUCAAGCAGACCAAAAGUGCGUUCGAAAUGAAUGCAAUUUUUACUAUUACUAUAAAAUUUUGAACAAUUAUACCUUUUUAGGUUAUGCAUUAUUUUUCUGUGAAAUAAAUGUAAUAAUGUUCUUUAUUCUUUUUUUUUAAUAAAUUUUUUGGUUAAAGGAUUUUUAUGGUGUGAUUGUUAAAACGAAUGUAAUACUGUUCCUGCUCAGGAAAAUUAAGUAUAUCUAAUUAAAGUGAGAUAGCAUUGCAAAAAUAUUUUGCACUGGUACAUGAGUUUUGUGAAAAUAAAAUGAAUAUUUUUAUUACAUAAACUGUAUAAGUUAACGUGUUUUUGUCCAUAUUGAAUUUGUAUAUAUAAUAGAGAAGAUUUGUAUGAACAACUAUAUUUUUAUGCGUUCUAUUCGCAUUGCAUUUAUUGAGGUUAUUGCGAAAUUUGUUAUACAAAAUUUUAUAAAAUAGAGACAAAUAUGUAGUUUUUUUCGUACAAAUCUUGAUGUAACUAUGAAAAUAAAUGUGUUAGAAUCUAUGUAAGUGAUCGGUAUUACAGAUCGUUUUAUUCCACUUAAGUAAUAUAAGAUUGGUCUUCUUACUGACCACUUGUGCUUUGCUUUCUUCCAAUGAAGUUAGAAAUUAAUUGCUUAAAUUUCAACAUAACACAUGAAUUUAUAAAUGCUAAAUUGUAGCACACAUAACUAAAAGAAAAACGAAAAUAAAUGAAAUGUUUGGAACAUGAAAAGGAAUAAUUUAUAUCUAUGUGUGUAUAUAUGAUAUAAAUAAUUACACCAUAGUCAUUUGGUAAAUGACGUGAAAUCAAAUAUUUCAACAAAACACAGAUUUAAGAAAUCCGGUUUAUAAAAUUAUUGAUUUGCUAAGUAAUUCUUUCAAAGCUAAAAUUGAUUUUAAACUUACAUGUCGGUGUACAAAUAUAAAAAAUCGCCAUAUAAACGUUAUAAAAAAGUCAAUAACAUAUAGUAUAUCCAUAUUUUUUAAUUAAACAAUGGAAAUUGGUAUUUUUUGCAUACAAUUUUAAAAUUUAUACCUCCAUCGAUUAAGAUUUGAACACUGAUCUAAAUAAAUAAUACAAUUUAGCCUAAAUAAAAAAAAUCAAAGUUAUUAAUUCAAUUGCAAACAGAUUUACACAGUUCUUCAUAUGCAAGUUGUAAAAAAAAAACUAUGUAUGCCUUCAAUCAAGUGCAUUUAAUUUCAGUUGAAACAUUCUCAAGUAGAAAACACAAAACAAGACUGACGUUUUAUCGAAAAAUUCUAUGCUAAAAUUAAAUUUCCACAAACAAAAGAAAAGUUUAAAAGCUUUCUUAUACGACGACUAUUCAACUAAGUUCGAAGUUAGCAACUCUGGGUAUUCAACGGUGGAUUGUUCAUCACGUAAAUGCACUUCUGAGUAUUCAGAAAUAAAGCUAUAACGGAAAUUGUUAAUCGUUUUCUUCUCUGGUACAGGCAAAGUAAAAAUAAUGUUGUUGCAAUUGAAUAUUUAUAAUAAAAAAAUUUAAUUUUUAUAAACAACACUUCCAACACAAGACGUGUGCACGUACUCGCUGUAAUUCAAUUUCAAUUCAUUUUGUGAAUUACUUGCAUAUUCAUUUCCAUUUAUAACAGAACUAUAAGGUUCUUUAAACAAACCAAUAGAAUUUCCUUUUUUAGCACGUAAGAAGAAGAAUAGAAGUUAAAAAAUCUAUCGGUGUGAUCUUGUGGCGUAGGUACUGUACAAUGAAAAAAAAAAUUAUGAGUGUGUUAUUACACUUAGAGGAAAAUGUUGUGCGAAUUUUAUUGAUUAAA